AUUCUGAUAGGCUUCACGUGCGACACUGAGCACAUCCCAGAUGUUAGCAGAGGUCAACGUAGCCCUGUGUGUGUGCAGGUUUAUCCAGACUGAAGGCUAAUAAACUGUGCAUGUUUUGGGAUGUCGUCUCGCUCGACUCGACCUUCCAGGGAAGAUGCUGUGUCUUUGCGGAGGAUGACAAGUGAAUUCAACCGUCUCUGAGCUUCCCUCUGUGGCUGAUGAGCCCUCAGACUCAGAGAUGGCUGCGAUGAGAAAGAGGUUUUCCUCCGUCUGCUCCUCUUCCUCGACUGAAGAAGACAAUGCAAGCCUCUAUGACAGCGUUCCCAUUUCUGCUACUGAUCCAUCCAGUGAACAAGAACAUCCCUACGCAGCUCUGCUCUGUUGUCAUCGUGUCCAAGACUCAUUACUGAGCUCCAACAGCAGCUUCACUGGAUACAGAGGCGUCCUCAACUGGAUCAUCAUUCUCCUGGUCCUGUCUCAUGCUCACUUGUUAUUGGAGAAUUUCAUACAGCAUGGCUUUUUGAUAGAUGUCAAAAAGGUUUUGGAGCAUCUCAUUGAGGACAACUGCAACUGGCCAUCUGUCAACCUCAUAUUAGCUGCCAACAUGUUUGCCAUUGUGGCUUUGCUCCUCGAGAGGUCUCAGGAAAAGGGUAUGCUGUCCCCCACCACCGGUCAUCGUUUACAUCUCAUAAAUCUGGGCUUGCUCCUGUUAUUUCCUGCUGCAGUCAUUGUACAUGAGCAUACAAUAUCAACAGGUGGAGCGUUCUUCUCUCUCUGGUUCUACACUGCUCUUGGGAUGAAGCUGUAUUCAUACCAGGAAACUAAUCGCUGGUACAGACAGGCCCAUUUAACUGAUGCAGAGAGGGAUGAAGAUCACCCUGUGGCACCAAAAGCCUUCAAUGAGCAGCUUACUUUCCGAGAUCUGUAUUAUUUCCUAUUUGCCCCCACACUGUGCUACCAGAGAGACUUCCCCUGUACUCCUAAGGUCCGCAUCAAUAAGCUACUGCACAGGCUGCUGGAAAUGGUGAUCGUUAUCCAGAUCAUGGUCGGAAUUGUGCAGCAGUGGAUUGAGCCCAUCUUCCAGAGGUCAGAGAACUCCUUUUCUAGUAUGGAUAUCACUAUGAGAGUGGAGCACCUGGUGGGACUGGUGGCACCAACCCAUUUCUUGUGGCUCCUCUUCUUCUUCCUGUGUCACUCCUACCUGAAUUUCCUGGCAGAACUGAUGCGCUUUGGUGAUCGUCAUUUUUAUGGAGAUUGGUGGAAUGCUACAACUCUGAUCAAUUUCUGGGAGAACUGGAAUAUUCCCUUUCAGAAAUGGUGUCACAGACAUGUAUACACACGGCUGGUGGAAAAGAAUGUUCCCCCGUCGCGAGCAGAGUUAGUGGUCUUCCUGAUGUCAGCUGCUCUUUUUGAGUAUAUGAUUGCUCUGCCCCUGCACAGCUGUCGUCUGUGGAUCUUCCUCAUGAUGCUAGUCGAGCUCCUGGUCGCAGUAUUCCUCGCAAACUAUUUCCAGGGAAACUAUGGCAACGGCUUAGUGUGGCUGUGCCUGCUGCUGGGCCCUCUUCUGGCUGUGAGCACCUACUUUCACGACCACUACAUCAGCCUCCAUCACCAUCAUCAUCAGUCAUUGUGCUCACCGCUGACAUCCGGCCACGGUCUUCCUGGUGCAGUUUUCCUGCAGCUUCACUGAUCACUGAGAAAUGUCUGAAAGAACUCUCUCUUAUUGUACUGUAUUCACAAAUAGACCAAGAGGAUACAGCUGUGGUCCAAAGCUCAGUGAAGGCUGCUCUCGUCUGUCCAAGGAUCCAUUUUGAUUACUGGAAAAACUUUUGGAGUUAUAGUUAUCUUCUACCCAAUUCAGCAAUAUAAAUAUGGAGUAUAUGUUGUGUAGACUCAUAAAUGGACCUAUUGUACUGUAUAUGAAUAUACUUGACUUUAUACUUGAAUGUUCAUGAAUAUACUUCCACAUCUGACAGAUGUUAAUGCAAUAAACUACUGACUGUACUUCGUAGCC